AUGAAUAAAUGGACCCUUAAAUUUGAGAAUUAAGCUUUGGAAAAUUAAUUUUAAGCUAAUCAAUAAGAUAACUACAAAACCUUUAUUUUCAAAGUUAUAUCUAUUUCAUCCAUUCUAAUGCAUAUAGGAAAGUUAAUUUCAGAUUCAUAUUAAAAUACUCCAUUGAGAAUUGAAUUAUAAACUCCAGGAUUGAUAAUUUCAAUAAUCACUUUAUUUGUGAUAUUUAGAUAUCCAUAAUAUUCUUCAAAUAUGAUGUCUUUGUUAAAUUACUCUUUUUCAAUAGUUUAAUUUUGGGUUGAUAAUACUUAUGGUUAAUAAAGAAGUUUUGUUCUUGGUUCAAAUGUAACAGCAUCAUAAAUGAUUUUGAUGAUGUCAUUGGACUUUUAUUAAAUAGUCCCUUAGAUUGUAAUAUAAUGUAUUUUAAAGUUACUCAUAAUGAGUAAAUAUCAGGAAGAGAAUUUAAGAAUAGUUUCAAUCUUAUAUAGUGUACUUGUAGCAAUUAGUUCAAUUGUUGCUUAUUAUUUGAUAGGUUAAGCAAAGAGAAAACAGUUUUUAUUGAAUGUCAAAGAAGAUAGAUAUUGUAAAAAUGUUCAUUAUUAUAGUACAAUAUUUACCAAAAUUUAUUUCAGUUCCUUUCAUGAUGUUUGAAUAUUAGUAAGGUUAGUUUUAACCUAUUCUAUUGAGUAAGUAAAAUAGAAUCAAAAGAUGGAACACCAAUCUAUGUGAUGGGUGUAAUUUAAGAAGUUUAAUUAGAUAUAUUUAUUUUGCAAAUUAAACUUUAGAAAAUUAUUUGUUGGAAAAAUUGAGUACUAUAAAAAGCUCUUUUGAAUAAGGUAACACAAUAGAAGAAUUUUCCUUUGCAUUUAGAGGUUAUUCUUAAAUUGAUGUAAUAAUAACAAUAACGGAUAAAGUUAAAUUUUUUAUUAAAUUUGAAAAUGCAACUUAAUGCACAGUAUAAGAGAAAAUUGCUAUUGAUAAAAUUAAUCAUUUUUAUCGUUUAAUUAGAAAAGUAUUCAAAUGUGUUUAAAAACCUUAAAAAUAUAAAACACUUUUAUUUGAUAUUUCUAUUUAAUUUAUUUCUGGAUUUUAUUUAUAUGGAAAUAAAGAAGUUCAUUAUUAUCCAGUUGAAAUUCUUAAAAAUAUAAUUAAAUUUGUUGGAGCUGCAAAUAUUUUAGUGAAUGUUGAAUAAACUACUGAAGGUUAUAGUUUGAUAGGUUCAAAAAAUUAGUUUUCUGUUUUUUUUCUAUAGAUAUGCAGAAUAUUAAUGAUUACUCAUAGUGAACUUGAAUUUAUUGUUAUAAGAGUAAACAUCUCUUAAGACAGUUCUUUAAUAUUUGAAUUUUCUAUAAAAAGAGAGAAUUUAUAAAAAUUUAUUCAUUUGUAUAAGAUUAAUAAAUUUUUACAAUCUUUAGAAUUGGUUCUUUUUGAGAAAAGUAUUAAUUUUUAGAAAGAUUGUUAAUUAAAAAUGAAGAGAAUUUCAGUUGAUGAACUUAAAAAAAUCAUUUGA